GGCGGGGUGCGGGUCCCCCCUUGGCGCGCUCCCGCCCGUGCGCUCGGUGCCCGCGCGCCCGUUCCUGGUGGGCACCUGGGUCGUGACCGUGGGCUCUCGGCGUCCGCCUCCGAGGGAAGGAGCAACACCUCCGACGCGUGGAAGGAGCGGAAGGAGAGGAAGGUGCGGUCCAGCACAGCCAGGGAACGCGCGCAGGCGACGGCCCCGGCCGAGCGCGUUUGGAAGCGGCCUAAGGAAGGACCCGGCCAGUCCACCUGCAGCGUCAGCACCUCCAUUUCAACCUUGGGAAAGACUGUUGACAGCAGGAGCUGCUGCCCGGAGCGAGUCCCAGCCGGCUUUGAUUGUGGCGGAGUGAGCUGAGGGGAGCUCCCAUUCCGAGGGGACCAUGCAGAGAGCUUCACGUCUGAAGAGAGAGCUGAGCCUGUUAGCCAACGAGCCACCGCCCGGCAUCACCUGCUGGCAAGAUACAGACCAGAUGGGUGACCUGCGAGCACAAAUAAUAGGUGGGGCCAACACACCUUAUGAAAAAGGUGUAUUCACACUGGAAGUGAUUGUUCCUGAGAGGUACCCAUUUGAACCUCCUCAGAUCCGAUUUCUGACUCCCAUCUAUCACCCAAACAUCGAUUCUGCUGGAAGGAUCUGUCUGGAUAUUCUCAAAUUACCGCCCAAAGGCGCCUGGAGACCGUCCCUCAGCAUCGCCACGGUGUUGGCCUCCAUUCAGCUGCUCAUGUCCGAGCCCAACCCGGACGACCCGCUCAUGGCUGACAUCUCUUCAGAGUUUAAGUACAACAAGCCUGCCUUCCUCAAGAGUGCCAGGCAGUGGACAGAGAGGCACGCGAGGCAGACGCAAAAGGGUGACGAGGAGGAGACGCCUGGAAACCCGCCAGUGGCUGGCGGCUCAGGAGCACCCAGCACAGCACGAAAAAGGAAGGCCGGGCCGCCAGGAGGCACAGACGAGAGAUUCUGCGCUGGCGUCUAGGCCCCACCCUCGUCCGUCCCACAUGAGACGCGCUGUCUGGCUGCCUGGCUGCCUCACGUUUCCUUUGUGUUGGCGCCAUUCCCGGUUCGGCGCCGUGUGGAACCAACCCUGUGCACUGUGUACCCUGCCCCACGCUGACUCUCUAGGUGGAGUUGUUCCGUCGAGCCUGUACAUAUGUCUCUUGAAACCUUUUAGACCUGAAAAUAAACAGUUGCUUCACAUUGA